UGAUGGCUCAUGCCAUCAUCCCGUCAGGACUUGCAAAACGUUUAUUUUUUGCCUGAAAAAUCAUGGACGGUCAGCAUGAAAAAGAACCCUGUUCCUCAGCAACUUCUGCUUCCAGUACUCGUCCAAAGAGGCUCCCAAAGCGUCAACAAAAGACCCAAAUCUCAACAGAUGAGCGAGACGCUUCUAACCUAGCCCCUACUGCAGUAGUGCUUCUUAACAAGGAGAAGCAAGAACUGAACCUUCUUAAGGAGAAGUUGGAAUGGCAGAAGAAGAAGAUUGAAGAACUGGAAGAAGAGAGAGAUUUCCUUCGUGGACAGUUGUCUGCCCUCACAGCAAUGCAAGAAAGCAUGGACAACAAAGUCACUGUGAAUGAUUCGGAAACCUCCAAUACGUCAUCCAUGUCCUCCUCUUCCUCAUCCUCAUCCUCGUCUUCAACCCCCAAGAAGCGCAAAUCCAAAAAGAAGCACAGCAAGGCAGCCAAAAAACACAAGAGAGAGCACAAGACGUUUCGGCAGCGCGUACAAACACCGAGUGAAAUUGUCUGCCGCUACAGAUCCAUCCUCAAGACCUUGCCAAAGACAAAGACCAUGACCAAAGCGUUCCAGAAGCACGGCAUUGACAGAAACACUGUGGUGUGCACUUCAGCGAUUGGAGAUAGAUAAAUAGUGAUGUGUUUUACACUUUAAAAUAAGGCUCCUGUUCAGUGGUUAUAAGUGUUUGUAACUCAUUAACAAAUAGUGAAGUGUUUUACACUUUAAAAUAAGGCUCCUAUGUAGUGGUUAUAAGUGUUUGUAACUCAUUAACAAAUAGUGAAGUGUUUUACACUUUAAAAUAAGGCUCCUGUUUAGUGGUUAUAAGUGUUUGUAACUCAUUAACAAAUACUCAUCUAGAAUUUGAAAAUCUUGAUCGGCAAAAGCAAAAUGGGAAACUACAUGCUGGGAGCUGCAGUAAUUACUUGCAGUGAAAUUGCCUGCAGCAAACCAGUAAAGGAAGGUUACAUCUGGAAUGCUGUCCUAAAGAAGAUGCCACUCAACCUUAAGGAUCACAACAGCACUUUCAUGUUCUUUGAACAUUAGCACCUGGCAACAUUAUAUCAAUAUCUGUGACAACCCCAAGGAUGAUUUCAGAUAGUAUGCUGAAAAUGUCAAGGUAAGGGUAAUUCUGACUCCCGUCUGUGGCGUUACACAUACAUUACUUUUGGCAGAUUUUGUUAAAUUAAUAAGAGCUAACUAAUCAAUCACCGGCUUAUGUGGAUGAGUUAUCAGUUGUAAAAAGCAGACAAUUCCAACAAUACAGCCUAUUCGUCUCCUGGCAGACAGUCAUCCAUGUGUAGCGCUGAUAGUUCUCUGUUUUAAAAUGUCUUUCCACAUAUUUCACUUUUUUUUAAUCAAUUCCAGUGCUGGUGAGGGCCCAUCAUUCUGUCCAAUUUGCUUUUUGUCACUGAAAAUCCGUCUUGAAAAAGGGUAAAGCUAAUAAAUGAGCCACCACAUCGCUCGUUUCCCACGCUGCCACCAGUUCAAACCGAGCGUAAAACUAGCUAACUGUCAAGGUUGCCAGGUCCAGAAAUAAAUAUCAAGCCCAAAGUCAGUCUAAAACUCGCCCUUCAGAAGCUUAAACUAGCCCAAAAUAUACUGUUUACAGUAUACACUUAAAGAUGUAAGUCAGUCUUAACCAUUUUUUGACUUCAGUAGUUUUCAGCCCCCCUAUAACUGCAAUUACAGCUGCAGGUCUUUUGGGGUUUGUCUCUACCAGCUUUGCACAUCUAGAAACUGAGAUUUCAGAUUUUUGCCCCAUUCUUCUUUAUUAAACAGCUCAAACUCAGCCAGGUGGGAUAGAGAGCGUCUGUGGACAGCAGUUUUCAUGUCUCGCCACAGAAGUCCAGUGAGAUUUAUACUUAUAGUUGUCCUGUGGACAGAUUCUCCCACCUGACCUGUGAAUUUCUGCAGCUCCUCCAGACUCUUGGUUUCUUCUUCUCUGACCAGUGCUCUCCUUGCUCAAUCUGUCGGUUUGGGUGGACCAUGGCCGCUGCACAUAAUCUCACUUUUGGUUCUGUGAAACUCUUAUCAAGAAAAUAAAAGGCAGAGCAAGCGCCGUAAUCAAAAGACAAAAAUUGGAAAAAUUGCAUCAAGGACAAAAUCAUGCAUUGCCAAAGCGGAAUGAUUCACUGGCAUCAACCACCAACCAAUCUCUGCUUAAUCGUGUCCUUCCUGUAGUGAACUAAAAUACGGCACUGAUGUACUAAACCAUAGAAACAUGUACAGAACGAGGCUGUAAGUGUUGUACUAUUUAGACCUCAGAUAAUCAGAAUUCUCUAUCUCAUCUGUGCAUAAUCCAAUCAUCCUCAUUACUGCAGAGAACGCCUGACGUUCCGGACGCGCUUUACUCACAAGCACUCUCGUGCUCUGUGAAGUGCUCUCGGUGUGCAGCUCCCAUUAAAGGCUGCAGCUCCCACUACAGCGACAGGAAACAUCCACCUCCAAAUUUAUUAGAAAGAGUUUUUCUUUUUUUUGGUGGGAACCUAAAGUGGUUUAUCUGUGAUUAUCUCUCCAAGAAUCGGAGAAUCUUUUAAGGUGGCUUCGUUUUUAAAAGCGUAGAUAGAGUUUCCGAUCUUUUGUCAUGCAAAGACACUGCCUGGCCAAAAAAAAAAGGGUCACACUCUCUAAUAUUCCAUUGGACCACCAUUAUCUUUGAUUGCUGCACAUUUUAAUUCACGGUGGCAUUGUUUUAAUAAGCUUCUGCAAUGUCACAAGAUUUGUUUCAAUCCAGUGUUGCUGGAUUAAUUUUUCACCCUGAUCUUGCAGCAGCAUUGAUGAUGGUUGAGUCUGACCACUGCACAAAGCAGCUCUUCUUCAUCCAGCACAUCCCAAAGAUUAACCUCAAUGAGGUUAAGAUCUGGACUCUGUGGUGAACUCUCUCUCAAUCCAUGUGUGAAAAUGAUGAUCUCAUGCUCCCUGAACCAUUCCAGCUCCAUGAAUCCUGAUAUUCUCAUCUUGGAAUAUGGCCGUGUUCAUCGGGCAAGAAAAAAUCCAUUGAUUCAGGAAUAACCUGGUCUAUAUUCAGUAUAUUCAGGUAUUGAGGUCAGCUGACCUCAUUCUUUCAGCACAUACUGCUGCUGAACCUAAACCUGCAGACCAACUGCAGCAUCAACCAACCCCACAUCAAUCAUUUACUUACUUAAAUCCGAGUGGAGACUCUUUUUUUGGUGUUUGGUGUUUGUAGCUUAAAAAAAUGUCACAUGUAGAGUAAUUAGAAAUGAAUCUUAAAAUUAAAUGGACACAUUUCAGUGUGUUUUAAUGGUGGAGUUUUGGCCACAUUACUGUACAAGUAGUAUUACACUUACAAAAUACAAAAGCCAUCCUGCCUUUCAGCUUGUUUUGUUUUCCUCCCGCAUGUGCUCUGUAAGCACAUGACCCUGUCUCCGCCCUAGCCCCGCCCUAUCCAUCAGUGUUGUCACCUUGUGUCUUGUUUGUAACCCCACCCCCUUGUUUCCUGUCCCAGGUGUUCCUCACCCUCCUCGUGCAUUUCAGCCUUUUCGUUUUAGUGUUCUUGUAUAUCUUUUUUUUAUGUUUUGAGUGAUUAUGUCUGAUCUGUAUAGGGCUUUUGUGCUGCUUGCUAUUUGUUUCUUGUUUUCUGUGUAAAGUUUAAUCUGUUUAGUCUUCUUAGUUUUGUUUUCUUAAUCUAGUUUCUUUGUUUUCU